UGCUCCUCACCUGCACGUGGACCUUUAAGUAGAAACGGAGGAUAGGCUGAUAUUUUACCAGCCGCGAAGCCGUGCUUUAAGGACUUUUCUUUAACAGCCCCUCGGAGGGAGGAGGACGGUGCGUUCAUGUGGUGUGAAGGCAACAGGAGAUUUGGACCCAAAUGCACGGCUCAGCAAUAAGCAUCUCCCCAGCGAUGGCGCCUCUGUCUCCAGGACCGGACGGCAGCCCACCGCUGCCCUGCGCGUCGCCUGAGAGGACGUUGCUCUCGGCCUCGUCCCACCAGGUGAACCAGACCUCCGGCAUGUUGUUCUCACCCGCUCCGUCCAUUAUGACCUCUCCAAAGCUGUGGCAGAAAGCCUCCAUAUCCAGGCUUGCGGAGGAGUUUUUCUGGAUCGGAGGCAGCGUGGUCGCACAGCCUAAAUGGAGGCUGGGCCAGUUUGUGGAGAGGUGCAUGUGCGCCAUGCAGACGGGCACUGAGAUGAGCAAACUGAAGGGCAAGAAAAACGGGCUGCUCCGAUUCUUUUACUUGGACGAGCACAAGUCCUGCAUCCGGUGGCGUCCCUCCAAGAAACACGACAAAGCUAAAAUAACCAUUGAUUCUAUCCAUGAAGUCUGUGAGGGGAAGAAGUCCGAGAUCUUCAGGCGUUACGCAGACAACCGCUUCGACCCAAACUGCUGCUUCAGUAUUUACUAUGGGGAUCGUGUGAAGUCUCUGGACCUGGUCUCCACCAACGCAGAGGAGGCUCGCACCUGGAUCACAGGGCUCAAAUACCUCAUGGCUGGUAUCAGCGAUGAGGACAGUUUGGCCCGGAGGCAGCGCACCCGUGAUCAGUGGCUGCAGCAAACGUUCUCAGAGGCUGAUAAGAAUGGAGACGGCACCUUGAGCAUUGGAGAGGUUCACCAGCUGCUCCACAAACUCAACGUGAACCUACCCAAGCAGAAAGUCAGGCAGAUGUUUCAAGAGGCAGAUACGGACGAGCAGCAGGGCUCUCUGGGCUUUGAAGAAUUCUGUUCCUUCUAUAAGAUGAUUUCCACGCGCAGAGAUCUCUACCUGAUAAUGAUCUCAUACAGCAACCAGAAGGAAGUCAUGGACCUUCACGACAUUGCACGCUUCCUGGAAAACGAGCAGAAGACGCGAGGUCUGGCCAGAGAGCAUCUCGUUGACAUAGUGUCCAAGUUUGAGCCGUGUCCUGAGAACCUGCAGCGCAUGGUGCUGGGUAUCGAUGGAUUCACCAACUUCAUGCGAAGUCCCGCAGGUGAUAUCUUCAACCCUGAGCACAACCAGGUGAAUCAAGACAUGAUGCAGCCUCUGAAUAACUACUUUAUUGCCACCUCACACAACACCUAUCUGACAGGAGACCAGCUGCUGUCUCAGUCUAGAGUGGAAAUGUACGCCUAUGUCCUGCAGGCUGGCUGCCGCUGUGUGGAGGUGGACUGUUGGGAUGGGCCCGAUGGAGAGCCCAUUAUCCAUCACGGUUACACACUGACGUCCAAAAUUCUCUUCAAAGAUGUUAUUGAGACAAUUAAUAAAUACGCCUUCUCGAAAUCACAGUACCCAGUAAUCUUGUCCAUAGAGAAUCACUGCAGUGUGUCUCAGCAGAAGAAGAUGGCUGAGUAUCUGAGGGAUGUGCUCCAGGACAAACUGGAUCUGUCCCAUGUCAACGUGCACGAAUGCAAGAAGCUGCCGUCCCCCGAGGUCUUAAAAGGGAAGAUUUUAGUGAAGGGUAAAAAACUGCCAGCAACCCUUGAUCCUGAGGCAGAGGAGGGCGACGUGUCUGAUGAAGACAGUGGAGACGAGGACGAGGACGAUGAUGAUGAUGAUGAAGACAGCACACAGGAUGGGAGUACUUUUAUGGCAUCAGUCACUCAGCCCAAAAGAAAAGGACGGUUCGGAAGAUCGAUCAUAAGGAGCUUUAAACGAAAGAGGAAAAAGAAAUUCAAGGCAAAAAAUAAGGAAACGUCCGAUGGAGAAUCUGAUUACAGCAGCAGGGAAAGGACACAAAUUGUUUACCAUCCAAAGAAGAGGAAAACAAUGAGGCUGUCCAGAGCUCUGUCCGACUUGGUCAAAUACACAAAAUCUGUGCGUGUGCACGAUAUUGAGACACAAGGUGACUUCAAAAGAAGAAGAAUAAGUGAUAAUCUAUACAUUGACCACAAUAGUGACUUCACAGGAACUGUUUGUUUGGCAGCUUUUUCAAACAGCUGGCAGGUUUCGUCCCUCAAUGAGACAGUCAUGAACCAGAUCGUUCAGCUGAAGCCGGGUGAGCUGGUGCGUUUGAACCAGCGCCAGCUUCUCAGGGUCUACCCGUCCAACUUCAGGGUGGACUCCAGCAACUUCAACCCACAGACGUACUGGAACGCGGGAUGCCACAUGGUUGCAAUGAAUUAUCAGACGGAGGGACGCAUGCUUGAGCUGAACCAAGCCAAGUUCUCCAGCAACGGCAACUGUGGCUACAUCCUAAAGCCCAAGUGCAUGUGUAAAGGUGCCUUUAAUCCCAUGCUGGAGGAUCCUCUACCAGGACGCAGAAAGACCCAGUUAGUGCUGAAGGUCAUCAGUGGACAGCAGCUUCCCAAACCCAGAGACUCCGUGUUUGGGGACAGAGGAGAAAUUAUCGAUCCUUUCGUUGAGGUUGAAAUCAUUGGCCUGCCUGUGGACUGUUUCAAGCAGCAGACCAGGGUGGUGAAUGAUAACGGUUUUAACCCAAUGUGGGAGGAAACGCUCGUCUUCAAUAUUCUGAUGCCGCAGAUCGCCCUGGUGCGUUUCCAGGUGUGGGACCAUGAUCCGAUCGGGCGGGAUUUCAUCGGACAGAGGACUGUGGCUUUCAGAAGUAUGAUGCCAGGUUUUCGUCACGUGUACCUGGAGGGGAUGGCAGAGUCCUCCAUCUUUGUUCAUGUGGCAAUCAUUGAUAUGACAGGGAAGAUGAAACACACAAACGCUGUGCAAGCGGCCAGGAAACACAUCCAAAAGGCAGCUCAGAAGCACAUGAAGAGUCACCAAAGGCAGUCUUCCCUGGACUUCUCUGUCCAGUCUUCAGAGGACGGACACGCUCUGCUCUUUCGCAAGGACUUUGAUUCCCUCUCCCAGGACAGCAGGAACGGGGAAACGUCUCCCCUGAUCCAAGGCCCAGCAACAAAGGCUGCCUUUCACAAAGGGGCCAUGAGCGAGCUGGUGCGGCGGGCGCACAGAGUGAAGAUUCAUGAGCCACCGGAGACGCGGCGAGGGAUCUUCCGCCGGAUGUCCUCCACCGACUCCAACAGCACGGAGGCCCCUCCCGGGCUCACAGCGGGCAGCUCCGACCCGGAGACCUCCUGUCCUGAAGGUCCAGAGAGCCGAAACGCUGCUCAGCUGGAGAGUGAUCUGAGAGAAACACUGGAUUCAACCUGCGCUGAACAGGAGAUAGUUGAGACCUUAGAAGUAGAACAAGUCGAACCAGAACCAGAACCAGGACCAGAACCAGGACCGGGACCAGCUGCAGAAACCGUGACUGAACCAGAGCUCCCUCUACCGCAGCCUGAACCCAGUCCUACUCUCAUCCCUCCACCGUCCCCUGCCAGGGUGAGACGGACUUUAGAGCCCCCCCCCGUCUCCCAACCGUCCACCCCCAUACGAAAGAAGCCUCGUUCUCACAGCUGCCCUCGAAAGCAGUUCGAGACCUCUCCUCAGACACCGAUGCUGAACCGCAAGCCGGCCUCCGGCCUGCGUGCAGGGCGUGCUCAGAUCUACGGCUGCUACCAGGUGGGACCCAUACCCAACGGCCUCUGCCUGUCCGACAGCAGCAGCAGCGGCAGCAGCAGCAGCACCGACAGCCUGGAGCUCGUUCCCUCCUCUGUGACAGCCGCCACGGAGCAGCGCGAGGGCACCCUGCAGAGAGAGAUGAAGGCGCUGUUCGAGCGGAAAAUCAGGGAGAUCCGCUGUCAGUCGCCACUUUUUCUAGACGAUUAAACUGCAGUCUCCUGCAGGAAAGAGGUUGAAAACUAAAAGGAGGUACUGUAUGGGAGAGCAAACAAACAACGGGAACACACAGUUAGACAGCUUUAUUGUUUUAGACCUCCAAUAAUGUUUACAUUCCACGCAGAUGUUAAUGCUGCUGGUGUUUACAAUAAACAUGAAAUUGGUUUUAAGAAGACGAUGUGGAAAUAAAUGUGACGCCAUUGCCAACAGUACCAAAAGCAUGAUGUACAGCUGUGAAAAUGUAACACCACAUGUUCAAUGUCUAUCUGUUAGUAAAACUGGUGAAAAUGUGGAGAUAUUUUUAUAAUAUUUAAUCUAGGUUUGCUUUUUCAUUAAACCUGUAGCAUUUGUACUUUAAAUCAAUAAAUGAUUUAACAAA